GACGACCAGAACACCCUAAUCCGCAGAGAAUUCAUCAUCACCGGUUCAAUUGAAGUCGUCAUGAGGCGGUCUGGAGCCAGUAUGUCUGGUCACAUAGAUAAUGCAGGCCUCCGCCCGCCUGGAGUCCGGUCUCCCACUGCUCUACAGCCACUCCCUUUCUCGGCCCUUCAAUUCGCUUAAACGUCUACCUGACAACACCAUGCAACUACGACAUCUAGUCGCGUUGGGGAUUCUGUCUUCUCUCACUGUCGCUCACCCGGGUCCCGUUGCCGAUCUAACCGCAACAUGGGUUCCCACCGCAACCGUCACUAUCACAGUACCUAUAGCGACCCAUUCGACCCAUCUCAGUGAUGCCAAAGCGAACGCCAAACGCUUUCACGGAGACUGGCUCAUCCAUAAACGAGCAUCGACUACCGAAGAGACAUCAACGACCACCUCUGAAUCUUCCAGAUCGACGACUGAAGCGUCUACGACGGGCACGACACGAACAACCUCUGCUACUUCCACUACCUCCGCAGGCGCCACGGAAUCCACUACGGCCUCAACCACAUCUACCACCGCAUCCUCAACCUCCACCACCUCUACUGCCAGUAGUACCACCUCAUCUAGUUCUACCACCACUACCACCUCACAAUCAACCACUACUUCACCGACCACCACGACCAAAAGUACCUCGACUGCCUCGUCCACCACCUCAACAGCGUCUGCUACUAGUUCCGCUAGCGCUGCCAUUGCUGCAUACAACCGCCGCGGUGAGAUUGCAGCAAUCAUCACCUUCAGCAUUCUAAUCCUCCUCUUUGUCGGCGUAGCCGCCUUUAUGUGCAACCGGGAUAAACGCAAGAGAAAGCGUGUCGAAGCCAGGGAGGCUGCAAAGGCAGCGGACUACUCGAUGGUGUCCUUGCCGGAGGGCGGCCGAGCCCAAAGCGAGGCUAAAUUCGACCGGGCCUCAGUGAUGUUUGCCACGGUGCCAUCCCGCAGUGAUCUUGGCUUGAGUACUCCCAUGACGCGUCCCUCUUCUGCCACUGCAAGUGAAAUCCUGCGCCAAAGCCCAACCCCGGCUGCAGCAUCUGUGGUAUUGCGCGACGCGCAACAUCAAGCUGGGAAUUAUGUUUGAAUACACAAGAUGAGAUGUUUGAGGAGGCCGCCGUGGGGAACUUGAUUUUUGUGAUUCUCUAUAACACGGCUAUGCAUACAUGUGGGCGUUGAGUUCGCUUUUUAUUAUGUCUUCCCUGCAGCAAUGUUGAUUAGCGGUCUUUUACUAUUAUUUUUCCAUCGUGCCUUCAUUCUAGCGAGCC